UUGAAGAAAGUUUUUUUUACCCCCUUUUUUUGCACAUCCAGAUUAGUUUCCUUCGUCAUGGCGAGAGGGGGAGGUGGAUGUGUUGAGCUGGGAGCUGGACUUUCCGUGGGGUUGUGUGUAUGGGUGCCCCGCUCACUGAGCUCCUUGUUGCUGCUCGUGCCGCCGGCCUUGCUGGUCCUGCUCCAGCUCCCUGCCGCUGCUGCCGCCUCAGAAGCCGGAGACUUCUCCAUCCUGGACGAGGCGCAAGUUCUCGCGAAUCAGAUGCGCGUCCUAGCUACCAGGGAGCUCGGAGUCUUCAACAUGCAGACGAUCUACAACUCAUUUGUGUACACAGAAAAAAUUUCCAAUGGAGAAACAGAAGUCCAACAGUUGGCUAAAAAGAUAAGAGAGAAGUUUAAUCGCUAUCUCGAUGUGGUGAAUCGUAACAAGCAGGUGGUUGAAGCAUCCUACACGGCUCAUUUGACAUCGCCAUUGACAGCCAUCCAAGACUGCUGCACAAUUCCUGCUUCAAUGAUGGAGUUUGAUGGGAAUUUCAAUGCUAACGUUUCAAAAACCAUCAGCUGUGACAGGCUUUCCACAACUGUCAGUAGUCGAGCGUUCAAUCCUGGCCGGGACCUAAACACAGUUCUCGCUGACAACUUCAAGUCAAACCCUGGUAUAAAGUGGCAAUACUUUAGCUCAGAAGAAGGGAUUUUCACCAUCUUCCCAGCACACAGGUUUCGCUGCAAAGGUGGUUAUGAACAUCGAAGUAGGCCUGUUUACGUCUCUACUGUGAGACCACAAUCAAAACAUAUUGUGGUGGUGGUAGACCAUGGAGCUUCAGCUACAGACACACAACUUCAAAUAGCCAAAGAUGCUGCGCAAGUAAUAUUAACUUCAAUUGACGAACAUGACAAGAUUUCUGUGCUGGCUGUGGCAGACACGGUCCGAACAUGCUCGCUAGACCAGUGUUACAAGACAUACUUGUCUCCAGCCACCAGUGAGACAAAAAGAAAAAUGGCCACGUUCCUUAGCAACAUUAAAGCAGUGGAUGGUGCCACCCAGCAUGCAUUGGGCUUUCACAAAGCUUUUCAGUUACUUCAGAACACAAACAACAACACCAGGGUCCAUACAUCCACUGACAUGGUGAUAAUCUACCUGUCAUCUGGUAUCACCUCAAAGGACUCCUCUGAAGAAGAGAAGAAGGCAACACUAAGUGUUAUCAGUGAGGAAAAUGGGCAUCUCAACAACUCGGUGAUGAUCUUGACAUAUGCGCUCAUGAAUGAGGGUGUAACUGGUUUGAAGGAGCUCGCCUUUCUUCGAGAUCUGGCAGAACAGAACUCAGCAAAAUAUGGAGUUCCUGAUCGCACAUCACUUCCUGUUAUAAAAGGGACAAUGAUGGUAUUGAACCAGUUGAGUAACCUGGAGACCACAGUAGGACGCUUUUACACAAACCUUCCAAAUCGAAUGAUAGAUGAGGCUGUGUUUAGUCUCCCAUACACUGAUGAAAUGGGUGAUGGAUUGAUCAUGACUGUCAGUAAGCCCUGCUAUUUUGGAAACAUGCUACUGGGAAUUGUGGGAGUGGAUGUGAACUUGGCUUACAUUCUGGAGGAUGUAACUUAUUAUCGUGAGUCUUCUGCCUCCUACACAUUCUUAAUUGAUAAUAAAGGCUACACUCUUAUGCAUCCGUCCUUGACAAGGCCAUACCUGCUAACAGAACCGCCACUUCAUACUGAUAUCAUACACUAUGAAAAUAUUCCAAGAUUUCAACUCGUCAGGCAGAACAUUCUCAGCCUCCCUUUGGGCAGUCAGGUUAUUACCGUGCCUGUAAACUCCUCCUUGUCUUGGCACAUAAACCGGUUACGAGAAACCAGCAAAGAGGCCUACAAUGUCAGCUAUGCCUGGAAAUUGGUCCAGGACACAUCCUUUAUUCUGUGUAUAGUGAUGGUACAGCCCGAGGUACCAGUUAAACAUCUCAAAAAUUUGAACACAGCACCAAGCAGUAAGCUUCUUUAUCAUAGAUUGGAUCUACUGGGCCAGCCUGCCUCUUGCCUGCAUUUUAAGCAAUUGGCAACACUGGAAAGUCCCACAGUCAUGCUGUCUGCAGGCAGUUUCUCAUCUCCAUUUGAACACCUGAGUCAAGCAGAGACCAAACGCAUGGUGGAACACUACACUGCUUACCUGAGUGACAACACACGUCUCAUCGCCAAUCCAGGACUCAAAUCCUCUGUCAGAAACGAAGUCAUGGCUACCAGUCACGUAACAGAUGAAUGGAUGUCACAAAUGGAAAUUGGUAUCCUGAACAGUUACAUUGUUCGGCGUUACAUAGCAACGCCCAAUGGGGUGCUCCGGAUUUACCCUGGUUCUCUCAUGGAUAAAGCAUUUGAUCCCACCAGGAGACAGUGGUAUCUCCAUGCAAUGGCUAACCCAGCUCUGAUUACCUUUACUGGCCCAUACCUUGAUGUUGGAGGAGCAGGUUAUGUGGUGACUCUCAGCCACACUAUUCAUUCUUCCAGAUCGUUGUCAGCACCAGGACAUGCUGUAGCUGUGAUGGGUGUUGACUUUACUCUACGAUACUUCUAUAAGGUUCUUUUGGAUUUGCUACCCAUCUGCAAUCAAGAUGGAGGCAACAAAAUCAGGUGCUUUAUUAUGGAGGAUAAAGGUUAUCUCUUGGCACAUCCAACAUUGAUUGACCCCAAAGGGCAUGCUCCGGUGGAGCAACAACAUAUCACCCACAAGGAACCGCUUGUGGCUAAUGACAUUCUAAACCAUCCAAAUUUUGUGAAGAAAAAUCUUUGCAACAGCUUCAGUGACCGGACAGUGCAACGAUUCUACAAGUUUAACACCAGUAUUGUAGGUGAUUUGACCAACCUUGUCCAUGGUAGCCAUUGUUCAAAAUACCGAUUAACCAGGAUUCCUGGCACCAAUGCAUUUCUUGGAAUUGUUAACGAAACAUGUGAUGCACUUGCUUUCUGUGCCUGCAGUAUGGUGGACAGACUUUGCCUGAACUGUCACAGGAUGGAACAGAAUGAGUGCGAGUGCCCUUGUGAAUGCCCCCUGGAGGUGAAUGAAUGUACUGGCAACUUGACCAAUGCUGAAAGCAGAAAUCCUAGUUGUGAAGUACAUCAGGAGCCACUGACCCUUGCUGCCUUUGACCCCAGUCUACAGGAAAGCCUCCCUCAGUGCAUUAACACCAGAUGCCGCCAAAGGACAUCGAGCGGAGAUUGUUUUGGCGUUUUAGAUUGUGAAUGGUGUAUGGUGGAUAGUGAUGGAAAAACGCAUCUGGCUGAACCAUAUUGCGCUUCCCAGAAAGAAUGCUUCGGUGGAAUUGUGGGAGCCAAGAGCCCAUAUAUAGACGACAUGCCUGCUCUGGGAGAUGAGGUCAUAGCACUGAACAUGAUUAAAAGUGCCCCAGUUGGACCUGUGGCUGGUGGGAUCAUGGGGUGCAUCAUGGUGCUUGUUCUAGCUGUGUAUGCUUACCGACACCAGAUCCAUCGAAGAAGUCACCAGCACAUGUCCCCCCUCGCUGCACAAGAAAUGUCUGUGCGAAUGUCCAACCUGGAAAAUGAUCGAGACGAGAGAGAUGAAGAUAGUCACGAAGACCGAGGCAUCAUCAGUAACACAAGAUUUAUAGCGGCUGUGAUAGAACGACAUGCACAUAGUCCAGAACGCAGGCGCCGCUACUGGGGAAGAUCAGGAACAGAGAGUGAUCACGGAUAUAGUACCAUGAGCCCUCAGGAGGACAGUGAGAAUCCACCAUGCAAUAAUGAUCCUUUAACUGCUGGGGUGGAUGUUGGGAACCAUGAAGAAGAUUUAGAAUUGGACACUCCACCACAGACUGCUGCUUUGCUAAGUCAUAAAUUUCACCAUUACCGCCUACACCACCAUCCGUCUCUCCAUCACAGCCACCACCUACAAGCAGCAGUUACAGUCCACACUGUAGAUGCAGAAUGCUGAACCACUUUUGCUCCCCUUUUACUGGAAACUACAGCUGCAAAAUUACAAGCACUCUUUUUAAAUCAUUAGUCUUCGAGUCAGAUGGUGAAAACUUUUCCUGGAUUUCUAAGGAAUGUCAAAAACCAUCAAAGCAACUCAAUGGGAAUUGUAAAAGUUAACAGCACAUCUCAGAUUUUUUAAAUAAAGGAUUAUUUUUCUACUAUUUAUUGAACUUUUUAAACAGACAUCCACCAUAGGAAACAAUUUAUUUUAAAAAAAUCUGACUAGAACAUUGAUCUGAUGUGUUGUUCCUAUUGCUGAUAAUACAGAAGAACAUAUCGAUGAAGAUUGAAUAAAGCUACAUAAGAAGUAACUAAGAAUUAUACCUGAACCCAUGGAGAAAGUGAAAUUUGUAAAGGCAUUAAGUUUGGUCGCUCGAGCUCCAUAAAUUUUUCAGACUAGAGGUAUUACUAACUUUUUGUUUAAGGUCACAAUCUUAAACACUGUCUUGCUUCAGGGUCACUUGAAAAUAUAUCAAGAGAUGCAAAUGUGUAAAUUUUCUCCCAUGCAGAGGGACCCUGAUUUCAAUCAUGCCACUAUGGGAACUUGAUAGAGGGCAGCGACUUUUCCACAGGAAGAAAAAUAAAUCAUUGGGCCAGUGGUCUUAAUUUUAAUAAGACGUCUGCUUGUAUAGAACAUGGGAUAGACCUGCCUCUUAACUGAAUUCCCAAGCCACCUUUUUAAAAAGUAGAAAUGGGAGAGUAGAACCAAAUCCCAGCAUGGUCCAUAACCCACAUCUGGGAAGGUUGUGAAUGGAGCCUUGGGGGUACAUGCAUAAUUUCUACUCAGGAUAAUAGGUGAGGACAAAGUCAUGGCACAAAUAGCCACUGGGCGAUCGGAUUAAGUACUACUGUUCGAACUAAAGAGGUAUAGGAUAUCUAUAGCUGGCAUUAUAAAAUGGCAAUGUUACGAGAUCAGUCUGGAAUGAGAUUCUGUUAUGGAAUGUUAGUGUUAAAUAUUUGUGAUGAAGUGGAAUGUUUUGAAAUAUCAGAGUUUUCAUUCAACUUCACAGCUCUGAGAUGAAGUUGAUCAUAGGCAAGCAUGACCUGAGGAACAAUCAAUGCUGCAAAUAAGUUUUUUUUAAUUAAAGUAACUGUGUGUUCUGUAUAGAUUAACUUCUUUAGUGGUCUUUUCUCUUUCAGUCAGAUGUGAUUUUACACUUAAUAUAAAAAAAAUGCUGCUGAUGAUUACAUGAAGUUUAGGAAAGGGGAGAUAACUCGUAAAUACAAUACACACUUUCAAAUGGAUCUCCCUAAAAAAGUUUAUGAAAUUGUAAAAUUAAAUUUUUUUAUUUUUAUGGUUACAGUUGCUAAAAUUUAAAGUGAUAAUUAUUUGUAUUCAUGCGUUUUUAACUGUAAAUUCAUAUUAAACAAUUAAAAUCUUAGAAAAUA